AUCUGAUGGCCCGAUAGCCGAGAGUCUCCUUGCUCUCCUCCUAUAUAAAUCUGCCCUUUUGGAUGAGUUAGGGUUUUACGCUGCGGCAGCUGCAUCAUCGUCCCCAAUUUUCCUCAACACAGACAGCGAGCGCAAAGGAACUAACUCACUGUCAAUAUGGGGAAGACUCGAGGUAUGGGAGCUGCCCGCAAGCUGAGAUCCCACCGCAGGAGGCAAAGGUGGGCUGACAAGGCAUACAAAAAGUCUCACCUUGGAAAUGAGUGGAAGAAGCCUUUUGCUGGCUCAUCCCAUGCAAAGGGUAUUGUUCUUGAAAAGAUAGGGAUUGAGGCUAAGCAGCCCAACUCUGCCAUUCGUAAAUGUGCCAGGGUUCAGCUCAUUAAAAAUGGCAAGAAGAUUGCUGCAUUUGUCCCAAACGAUGGUUGCUUAAACUUUAUAGAAGAGAAUGAUGAAGUGUUGAUAGCUGGAUUUGGGCGAAAAGGUCAUGCCGUCGGUGAUAUUCCUGGGGUUAGGUUCAAGGUUGUGAAGGUCUCUGGUGUUUCCCUUCUGGCACUCUUCAAGGAGAAGAAAGAGAAGCCGAGGUCUUAAAUUUAUGGGACGGCUUGUGAUAGUUAUCAAAGUUUUGAAUUUUACUUUUUCCGGUCAAAAAAUGAGAGGGUUGCAUGGUCAAUUUUUGUAUUCCUCUUAGGUAAUUUACCAAACUAUGUUAAAUUGUGGUCCCAAACUAAUUCUUUUAUUUGGAUUGCAUGUGUUUACUUC